AUGGCCGGUGCCUUAUUACUAAUCGGCCAAAUGGCCGACGCUAUAGCCUCGCCAUUCGUGGGCUUCCAAUCGGACCGAAUGCCCGACAUUUGGAUCUUCAGAUACGGGCGAAGAAAGUUUUGGCACUUAUUGGGAGUAAUCAUGAAUACGGUUACCGUUCCCUUCAUCUAUAAUACCCCCUGUUUUCCGGGUGACUGUUCCGGGUCAUCAACUAUAGGCCGGUUCGCCUAUUACGCCGUACUUAUCAUUAUAUUUCAAGCCGGUUGGGCUGCUACCCAGGUUAGUCACGUGAGUUUAAUCGUGGACUUAACCGAUGAUACAAAUGAAAGGAUUGCGUUAAAUGCUUAUCGCCAAAUGGCCGACGCUAUAGCCUCGCCAUUCGUGGGCUUCCAAUCGGACCGAAUGCCCGACAUUUGGAUCUUCAGAUACGGGCGAAGAAAGUUUUGGCACUUAUUGGGAGUAAUCAUGAAUACGGUUACCGUUCCCUUCAUCUAUAAUACCCCCUGUUUUCCGGGUGACUGUUCCGGGUCAUCAACUAUAGGCCGGUUCGCCUAUUACGCCGUACUUAUCAUUAUAUUUCAAGCCGGUUGGGCUGCUACCCAGGUUAGUCACGUGAGUUUAAUCGUGGACUUAACCGAUAAUACAAAUGAAAGGAUUGCGUUAAAUGCUUAUCGUCAAGCCGCCACAAUAUUUGCCAAUAUAUGCUUAUAUACAGUAACCCUGUUUGUCAUCGGGUUUGAUUCUAACGAAACAAUUAGCCAGGAUGAUUUAGAUAUGUUCACGAUGGUCUCUUACAUCGUAUGCGUGAUCGGACUGGUAUUCUCGCUACUGUUCCACGUGUUUGUCGCCGAACCGGUAGUUCCCAAAGAGGAGCACAAACCACGUGGUCUCAGAACUGCCUCAGCUUUUUCGGUGGACACCCAACGGGCCCUUUUCCAGCACCGGGCCUCUAUUAUAGCCCCCAUAUAUACCCCGGAUUCACCAGACGAUUCAGAUGACACCGGGAGUGUUGACGAGUCGACUGAUGUGUAUCACUUGACCGGUAAGAUUACGAUCAUGUAUACGAUGGCCAGGAUGUUUUUUAACCUCGGUCAAGUGUACUCGCCACUGUAUCUACAAUACUCACUUCAAAUGCCUAAAAAUACAAUAGCUAUUAUGCCAUUUGCUACUUAUGUUGCGGGACUGGUAUGCAGUUUUGGGGCCAAACCCUUCUCAGCCCGGUAUGGCGCCCGGUGGGUGCUCAUAAUAGGUGUAGCCUUUGGUGUGGGUUCGUGUGUCUGGAUCUUUAUCGGGGGGAACACCGAGUCGUAUAAGUUGUGGCAAAUCUAUGUCGUGUCGGCACUCCUG